GUUCGAUGCAAAGUCAUCAACCCAACGUCUGAUGGUGCGUUCAUUCUUCUGGAGAAUCUCUCCAACAGCAGCAGCUGUGUCGGUUUUCUUGAGACCAAAAAUAGUGGGAAGCCUUGUAUACAGAAGCAGCGCCACGUGCUGCAAAUCCUCCGGGGGAAGACUAUCAAGCCAAGCCUGAAGUGGUUCAUCGCCCAUGGCAGUGAUUUCAGAGAGCCUUCCUCGCUUGGUGGCUGCUGGUGCUUCCUCGCUGCUGCGUAAUGAACUUGAUGACGGUCCGCAUUCUGCUUCCUCACUUUCUUCGAUCCUCUCUUCCACUGUUUCUGACCCGCCGUCAUCCCUCCCCUCCUCCCUCCCUUGCACCCUGACUUCUAUUUUUCUU